GGGAAGGUUCUCGCUCGCAGUCUGGAAACAGCCAUGGCGCAAACAGGAUUUCUGAUUUUCCUUCUGGUGGUUGCCCUGCUUUUGCUGGAUCAGGCAAAUGGACAGUCGAAAGCCAGGAAGCACAGCAAGCGGAGGGUGAAAGAGAAAAAUGGUGACCUAAAGAGUCAGAUUGACAAGCUUUGGCAAGAGGUCAAUUCCCUGAAAGAAAUGCAAGCACUUCAGACAGUCUGUCUUCGUGGAACAAAAGUCCACAAGAAAUGCUAUCUGGCAUCUGAUGGUGCCAAACAUUUCCAUGAAGCAAAUGAAGACUGUAUAGCCAAGGGAGGCACUCUUGCUAUCCCCAGAGAUGGUGAUGAAACCAAUGCACUCCGAGACUAUGGCAAAAAGAGCCUGCCGGGUGUGGCGGAUUUUUGGCUGGGUGUCACUGAUAUGGUCAACGAGGGGAAGUUUGUUGAUGUCAACGGAAUGGUUCUGAACUACUUCAACUGGGAUCGCUCACAACCCAAUGGAGGGAAACGUGAAAAUUGCAUCUCGCUUUCUCAGUCGGCUCAAGGAAAGUGGGCCGACCAAGUUUGCCGUACCCUCAAACGAUACAUUUGCGAAUUCCUCAUUCCUUAAGUGUAUUUGCAGCCAGGGCUGCCUCCAAUGUUGCUUUGAAAAGAUGCAGAUGCUAGGCUUGUAAUCACACAUGUUCACAAUAAACCAAUUAAAAUGCUGUUUGUAGGCAAUGACUGAA